AUUUUCAGGCGAGAGGAGGAGGAAAAUAAGGGCGACGGAGAUAAAAAACCAGAGAGGUUCCAAUGGAGGACGAUGAAGUGAGCCAGCGAAGUAAACAUGAAGAAAAAUAUUCUGAUGAAAGAAGAGAACAAAAAGAAACCGAUUUUCCCUCGCAUCAUCCUCCGCCUCCGCCUGAUGAGUUGUUCGAGAUUUCGACUACAGUUGAUCCCAGCUAUAUAAUCUCACUGAUAAGGAAGCUCCUUCCAAACGAUUCGAGAAGUGAAGAAUGUGAUCAAAGCACUGGGGAACGACAUAACCAUCAUAUGAAUGCCAAUAAUGUUGCAGCUAAAUCUGAAAAUAGGGAUUUCAGCAAUUCCAGUGGUGAUCCAGUGAGCAUGGACAUUGGAGGUAACAAUAACGAAUCCACUUCGGAGGAGAGGGACGACAUGGUUAGUUCAUGUCGGGAGCCUGAAAAGCUAAGCGGGUCUUCAAUGGAAGAGGCAUGGGAAGAUCAUGGUUGCGUUUUGUGGGAUCUUGCCGCCAGUAGAACUCAUGCUGAGCUAAUGGUACAGAACCUAAUUUUAGAAGUGCUUCACGCUAACCUUAUGGUUUCAAAAUCUGCCCGCAUUCGAGAAAUCUGUCUCGGGAUUAUUGGAAACCUUGCUUGCCAUGAAGGUCUGUUGAAACGUAUAGAGUCUACAGCCGGGCUAGUAAAUAUGCUAGUGGGGCAGUUGUUUCUUGAUGAUACCCAAUGCCUAAGUGAAAUUUGCAGGAUACUCACCUCGGGUCUCUAUGGGGCUGGGUGCAUUUUUUGGGCCGAGUGUUUGCAGUCUGAUGAUAUACUUCGGCGUAUUUUGUGGAUUGCGGAAAAUACCUUGAAUCCUCAUCUUACUGAAAAGAGUGUAGGGCUACUGUUAGGUAUCAUAGAAGGUCAACCAGAGGUUGGGCAGCUAUUAAUCCCUCCACUAAUGGCUUUGGGUUUGGCGAGUCUCUUGAUCAAUCUUCUUUCCUUUGAAAUGAGCAAGAUGACUAGAGAACGAAUCCCAGAAAGGUACCCCGUCCUUGAAAUUAUUCUCCGAGCUAUUGAAGCCCUUUCCGCUUCAGAUAGCCAUUCCAAAGAGAUUUGCUCUAGCAAAGAACUUUUUCAACUAGUCUGUGAACUUAUGAAACUUCAGGACAAAGCCGAGGUUGCAACGUCUUGUGUCACUGCUGGAGUUUUAAUCGCAAAUAUGCUGUCAGAAACAGUUGACUUUAUCCCAGAAGUCUCGCAAGAUUUUUCUUUCUUGGAAGGUUUGUUCAGUACAUUACCAUUUGCUUCGGAUGACAUAGAAGCAAGAAGAGCUCUUUGGAACGUUAUUGCGAGGGUACUUGCCAGAGUUAAGGAGUCUGAGAUAAACACAUUCUGUCUGAGUCAGUACAUAUUGGUUUUGGUAAGAAACUCGGAUAUUAUAGAAGAUGAUCUUCUCGAUAUACAACUUGAAGACUCAAACGAGGAUUCCCAAAACUCAUUCCCUUCCCUGAUAAAGCCAGGCGCGCGAACAAUUGCUAUACAGAAGAUUGAAUCAAUGUUGAACAAUUGGAAUAUUCGCAAGGAGGACUUACGAGAGGAAAGCAUGAAAGGGGACUGCUCUGUAAACGAAGCUGAUGUUAAAAGGCUAUCAGAUUGCUGUCAAAGAUAUAUCAAAUCGAUCGAAGGGUCUUAACUCAUGUGGAAUCUACUUUCCAUGGCCAACCAAGGCAUCACACAUUGACGAAGUCGCAAGCUUCAAGAAAGCGCCGACCCAGUGGGCUUUUGAACAGACAUAUUCAGGUCGGAACCUGCCUGGCUUUCUCAUAUCCAUAGAUCACUUUAAGGCAUAGUUUGAUAAAUUGUAAAACAGAGGAAGAGAUUCUAAACAAAAAAUUAAUCUCAAAAAUUUCAGAACUAGAAGUUUU